AUGGCAGUCAAGAUGGAUAUGUCUAAAGCCUAUGAUAGAGUAGAGUGGGACUUCCUAGCUCUAGUGAUGAAACGAUUAGGUUUUCAUGACAAGUGGAUUAACUGGAUUUUGCAGUGUAUCACAUCAGUGUCUUACUCCUAUCUCAUAAAUGACUCAGUCUAUGGAGCUGUAAGACCUCACUGUGGCAUUAGGCAUGGAGACCCGAUCUCGCCAUACUUGUUUAUCCUUUGUGGGGAAGUCCUCUCAGGCUUGUGUUGGAAAGCAAAGCUGGAAGGGUCGAUGAGAGAGAUUCAAGUUGCUAGAGGCAGUCCCCGCGUUAACCAUCUGAUGUUUGCCGAUGACACUAUGAUGUUUUGCAACUCAUCUGCGAAAUGCUGUCUCUCCCUGCUCCAGAUCCUGAGUGAUUAUGAAAAAAAAGAGGGAGGAGUGGGGAAGUAUCUAGGACUACCUGAGCAUUUUGGAAGAAAAAAGAAAGACUUAUUUACCUCUAUAGUGGAUAGGAUCCGACAAAGAGCCUCAAACUGGUCGAUACGCUUCCUCUCGAGAGCAGGCAAGCUCACCAUGCUCAAAGCUAUUCUUACCGCUAUUCCAACUUACGCAAUGUCAUGCUUCCUGUUUCCUCUAAGCCUAUGCAGCAGAAUCCAAUCCUCUUUAAUUCGCUUCUGGUGGGACAAAGCCCUUGACAAGAAAAACAGGUAUUGGGUAGUCUGGGGAAAACUCACAAAACCAAAAAAAGCAGGGGGACUUGGUUUGAGGGACAUUCAACUCUUUAAUCAGGCUUUAUUGGCAAAGAUUGCAUGGAGAAUAUUAUCAUCACCAAGCUGUUUACUUGCUAGGGUGCUUACCGGUAAAUAUUGCCACAAGAAAAUAUUUCUUGAUGCUCAUGUACCAGCUGUCUGCUCUCACGGGUGGAGGAGCAUUCUUCAUGGCAGAGAACUACUCCAUGAAAACCUAGGCAAAGCAAUAGGCAACGGUCAAAAUAUAAGAAUUUGGAAGGACUCAUGGAUUUCACUCAACUCCCCUCUAAAACCAUAUGGACCAAUUCACGAGUCAGCACUUGAUCUCAGAGUUUCUGACCUACUCACGGACGAUCUCCAGUAG